AUGGACAACAUGAAGGUUUCUAGCUUUUGUGCUUUGCUAUUGUUGGCUGUCAUAGCUUUUACCUUUUUUAGCUUCUCAGUUACCAUCAUCACAUGUCCCUCUUGGUUUUCAGAUUUGGUUGCUACAAAAUGUGUUGAUGAAACAGCAACAAUUGCAGGAAGCAGAAAACUGAAGGAAAAUGUCAAUAGGAUUAAGAGCAACGAAAAAGGCGAUACCGGCGUAAGUCUUGAAGAUUACAAUCCAAUUGAUCCAAUACCAGGAGGAGCAAAGAAUGUUAAUGCAGGACCAAUUGAGCACGGAACUCCUCUUAUGCCAUUCAUACCAAAAUCUCCACCUCCUAGUGGUCAAUCUAACCCUGGCCCUGGAGAUUAUGAUUAG